CGGAUGUUUUUCUGUGCAGCGCGGAACAUGAAGUGAAAUGAAAAGUAGUAGCUAACAGUUAGCAAUUUUAAUGUUUCAGUUAAAAUGCGAAUUAUAAUUGUUUUAUUUAAUAGAUGCUGUACAACCAGCUAGCCUAAAAGCCAACAAUGAUUAACAAUGUUUGUCUGUCUGUACUGGUUUAAUACAAAACCGUACUGAGUAACGGGUUCACGGUAACAGUUACUGUUAGCUAACGUUAACAGCAAGCCGAUCUCGUGCUAUGGUAUAUUUAAUAUCAUGUCAUAGCAACAAAAUUGAGAAAAGAUUGCUUUAUACCUAAUAGCAGAAUUUAGAGACACUUUCUGCUUUAAGUGUGCGUAAAAGAUCAUCUAAACACGCUUUUUUGGUCAGGAAUAUUUAAACUAUGGAUAAGUCCACAGCGGGUGCAGAUGUCAUAUCAGAUUCAGAUAAAUGCUACAUCUGCCUAAGCCCCUUUGAAAAGCAAGCAGUGGCCUCUCUGGAGAGCUGCCAGCAUGUCUUCUGCCUGGACUGUAUUCUCCAGUGGUCUCAGACAGCCAACACUUGCCCGGUGGAUCGGAUCUCUUUUGCUUUCAUCCACCAGAGACGGUGCCCAGGAGGGGCCAUUCAAAAGAAGAUCAAAGUGAGGGCACAGGAAAAAAAUGCUGAUGAACAGGAGGGGAGCAACACUGUUAUCUGUGAGGAAUGUGGACGCAGCGACCGCAGGCACCGGCUGCUGGUGUGCAUACACUGCGAUUCAGGGUAUCACUUGGACUGUUUGACACCAUCAUUAAACACGGGUCCUGAAGGUGACUGGAUUUGUCCUGAGUGUGCGGUCAGUCCUCAGCAUACAGACAUCUCCAUGGUGGAGGAGGAGAUCAGUGAUGAAGAGCUAAUGGACCUCCUAGCUGAAGUAGAUGAAACUGCAUCUACCAGCAGUCGCCUUCGGCCCUCAACCAUAAAUAAUCCCAGCAGCUCCAUGGAACGACGACACAGCCAGAGGAUCCAGAGCAAAGCCAGAGGCGAAUCCAACUCUCGCCCCCAAACCUACUGGCAUGUACCAAAAUACCUGCUAUCAGCAUCAAAGCCUGCAGUUGCAACAGAUGAAGUAGCUGCACCUCAUCAUGACACCAGCAGUGCAUCAGUCAAGUUAAAGACAAGAAAAAGAAGGAAGCGUGCAACUUGAGUUUCUGAUACCAAGAGGAGUAAACGUUGGAAGAGGUCUGAAUGUCACAGCAGAUAAAGGUGCUCUUGUCAGAUAUGACCACAUGGUGGCAGCAUUGUGUUAACAGAACAGUUAAGUGUUCAGUUUCAGGCAUAAACAUUAUGUGAAGGAACUGACUAAACCUUUUAGCAGGUGCUUUUUUGUUUCUUUUUUAAAGUGAUGUUUUUAAUUUUGGCAUUAUUCUUUAGUUUUCUUAUCGUCAAUAAGUCCCAAUAAAAGAAAAAAACAACAAUG